CCCAGUACUAUCCGAAAUUCGCAUGCUGUACACUGAAUUACGUCGUCCCUCUACACCCGAACAGCGUAGCGCGAAGAAACUGAAAACUGAUUCUGCAUACAACCUGAAACUGUCGCCUGUGGAUGAACUAUGGGAGCUGGUGGACCCGAAUCCAGACAUCCAUGCUUUGUUUCGACAGUUUAAUCGCGACUACUUUUGCAAUGCUAUCCGCAAUGUGGAUUUGGAGUGGACCAAGCGGCUGAUGCAACUGGCUGGGGCCUUCCGAUACCAACAGAAAGAUGAGAGCCGUUUGAUCGCGCUAAGUGAACCAUUGCUGAAGUUCCGUCCGCGAAAAGACCUGGUUGAGACCUUGCUGCACGAGAUGAUUCAUGCUUAUCUCUCCAUUAUGAACAAACGUGACCCUGAGAGUCAUGGAAAAAAUUUCGAUGAGCAAAUGCUUCGAAUCAAUAAGCUGACCGGCGCCAACAUCAUGAUCGGACAUACUUUUUAUGACGAAGUGGAUUAUUACCUGCAGCACGAAUGGCGCUGCAACGGUCGUUGCCAGUACGAAGUACCGGAAUACGGGUACUUCAGGCGUGCGCGCAAUCUUCCACCAAGUCCUGCUGAUUAUUGGUGGGCCGAUCACGCUGCAACGUGUAAUGGAGUGUUUAUCAAAAUCAGGGAGCCGGAAGGGUACACUAGCGGGACACCAAACAAUCUCGAGGAUGAGGUCAAUGAGUUCUAUGAACCAUGCGGGACGUUCGGACCUUCACCGUGCUCCCACUGUCGCAUUGCCUGCAUCUCUUCCAGUGGCUCCUCCUUCAGUGGCGGAAAUUUAUGGAUUCAUAGUGCCUUCCUCAGCAGCACCACCAGCGUCUUUUAA